AUGUGGCGGUGCUGCACCCUGAUAAGAAGUCAGUCAUCAUGUACAUAACAUCUCUGUUCCAAGUGCUGCCUCAGGGCGUAACCAUGGAGGCCAUCCAGGAAGUAGAGACUCUGCCUCGGACCGUCGUCAAGCAGGAGGAACACUUCACCAUCCAGACCCAACAACGCUACUCCCAACAGAUCACAGUGAGUGUGUCUCAGGGGCGGGUUCGUACCCCCUCCACCUCUCCUAAACCUCACUAUAAAAGCUAUGCCUACAGUCAAGCUGCAUAUGUCAAGUCACCUGAACAAAAGAGGAGACGCUUUACUGAGCAGACCCAGCUGCUGCGUGGGGGCAGUCAGGAUGACCUGGAGCGGGGCCUGAGCCCCCUGGCCCCUGGGGCCACCCAGCUGGAAGACUACCAGAGCAUCCUGGAGGAGGUCCUGACCUGGCUGCUGUCUGCAGAGGAUGGCCUGCAGGCCCAGCCCCCCAUCUCCUCUCACGUAGAGGAGGUCAAGGAGCAGUUCCACACACACGAGGGCUACAUGGUGGAGCUGACAUCCCACCAGGGCAGUGUGGGCAGGGUGCUGCGUGCGGGCAGUGCCCUCCUGGGUGAGGGCCAUUUAACGGAGGAGGAGGAGAAAGAGGUCAGGGAGCAGAUGAACCUCCUCAACUCCCGCUGGGAACACCUCAGAGUGGCUAGCAUGGAGAAACAGAGCAGGUAG